AUGCACUCAUGCCCUCAUGCCCUCAUGCACUCAUGCCCUGACGCCCUCAUGCCCCCAUGCCCUCACGCCCUCAUGCCCUCAUGCCCUCAUGCACUCAUGCCCUCAUGCCCUCAUGCCCUCAUGCCCUCAUGCCCUCAUCCCCUCAUGCCCUCAUGCCCUCAUGCCCUCAUGCCUGCAUCCUCUCAUGCCCUCAUGCCCUCAUGCCCUCAUGCCCUCAUGCCCUCACGCCCUCAUGCCCUCAUGCCCUCAUGCCCUCAUGCCCUCACGCCCUCAUGCCCUCAUGCCCUCAUGCCCUCAUGCCCUCACGCCCUCAUGCCCUCAUGCCCUCAUGCCCUCAUGCACUCAUGCCCUCACGCCAUCAUGCCCUCAUGCCCUCAUGCCCUCAUGCCCUCACGCCCUCAUGCCCUCAUGCCCUCAUGCCCUCACGCCCUCAUGCCCUCAUGCCCUCAUGCCCUCAUGCCCUCAUGCCCUCAUCCCCUCAUGCCCUCAUGCCCUCAUGCCCUCAUGCCCUCAUGCCCUCACGCCCUCAUGCCCUCAUCCCCUCAUGCCCUCAUGCCCUCAUGCCCUCAUCCCCUCAUGCCCUCAUGCCCUCACGCCCUCAUGCCCUUAUGCCCUCAUGCCCUCAUGCCCUCAUGCCCUCAUUCCCUCACGCCCUCGUGCCCUCACACCCUCAUGCCCUCAUGCCCUCAUGUCCUCACGCCCUCUUGCCCUCAUGCCCUCAUGCCCUCAUGCCCUCAUGUCCUCAUGCUCUCAUGCCCUCCUGCCCUCAUGUACUAA